ACCGGUCAAGUUAAAAGCUUUAUUUCAUUUCUAAGCCGAAACAAAAAAUUAAAUAAUUCACUCUUAUUAAAUUGUGUUUAAUAUCUUAUCUAUUUCAAAAGCUAUAAAGCUAUCAUCCCGAUCAAUAUGACUAUCGGAAAGAAUAAUAAGAUGAUCCAACACCUGAACUACCGAGUCAGAAUCGUACUUCAGGAUUCAAGAACUUUCAUCGGUACAUUCAAGGCAUUUGAUAAACACAUGAAUCUUAUUUUAGGAGAUUGUGAAGAAUUCAGAAAAAUUAAACAGAAGAAUACUAAACUUCCCGAUCGUGAAGAAAAGCGAGUCUUAGGAUUUGUUUUGCUUCGCGGAGAAAACAUAGUUUCAUUAACCGUUGAAGGUCCACCACCACCAGAGGAAGGUUUACCUCGAGUUCCUAUUGCAGGAGCAGGACCCGGCAUUGGACGUGCUGCUGGUCGUGGAAUGCCAGCACCGAUUUCUGCAGUUCCAGCAGGACUUCAAGGACCAGUACGAGGAAUGGGAGGGCCUGCACCUGCUCAUAUGGCUCCACAACCAAUGCGAGGACCACCACCAAUGGUUCCGGGAAUGCCUCCAAGAAUGCCUCCUGGUAUGAUGCGUCCUGGUGGACCAGGAUUUCCACCACGAUAAACAUUAAAAGAAGUUUAAUUUGAUAACUAUCAAAGCAUCUCACAAUCUUAAGUGUAAAAAAUUAAUUUGCAACUGAAUAAAACAUUUUCCAUAAUUCUUAAUAAACGUUUGGUUUG